AUGUUUUCCGCGCUCGCGUCUUGCCGGCUUCGCGCGCCGGGGCUCGCUUCUCGCAGGUUGCUGACUUCGCGUGCGGCUCUCUCCUCGAUGUCUUGCUCUGCUUGCCCUGCGCUCGCCAAGAGCGGCGCCUGCGUGGGCAGAGACUGUCGCCCCGCAGGACAGACGCGCGACUUCUCUUCCGCGCCCCCUGCUGCGCCGGUCUUCGAGUACAAAAAGGUCUUUGACUGCGUGCGGCCGACUGAGCAGAAGUUCAAGCGCCUCGACGACCUCAGCGAACUUGUGAAGACCGUGAAAGUGCCAGGGUUUGAAAAGCCCUUCCUGCAGGUGUCUCCCGAGCUGCUGACGAAGCUCUCGAAGUACGCGUUCGAGGAAAUUGCGUUUUUCCUCCGCAGUUCCCACCUCGCGUCGCUGAGGAAGAUUCUUGACGACCCAGAGGCCUCAGAGAACGACCGAUUCGUCGCUUUGACUCUUCUCAAAAAUGCAAACAUCGCGGCGGCCAGAGUUUUUCCUGGCUGCCAGGACACCGGGACGGCGAUCGUUAUGGGGAAGAAAGGCGCGAACGUCUUGACAGAUGGGUACGACGAGAAGGCGAUUUUCAAAGGCGUCUUCGAGGCUUACACACAAAACAAUUUGCGCUACAGCCAGGUUGCACCGAAGGACAUGUUCACCGAGUACAACACGCGCACGAACUUGCCUGCGGAUGUGACGCUGCUGUCCACGGCAGGCGACGCCUACGAGCUCCUCUUCGUCGCGAAAGGUGGCGGAAGCGCGAACAAGACGUUCCUCUACCAACAAACUAAGGCGCUCCUGAACCCGACGUCGCUGUACAGCUUCCUGGAGCAGAACGUGAAGACGAUUGGGACUUCUGCGUGUCCGCCGUAUCACCUGGCGAUUGUCAUUGGCGGUUUGUCGGCGGAGCAGACGCUGAAGACUGUGAAGCUCGCCUCAUGCAGGUACCUCGACGGCCUCCCGACGGACGGCGAAGGCAGCUCCUACGCGUUCCGCGACCUCGAGUGGGAAGAGAAGAUUCUGAAAAUGACGCGCGAGAUCGGCAUCGGCGCGCAGUUUGGCGGAAAGUACUUCUGCCACGACGUGCGCGUCAUCCGCCUGCCGCGGCACGGCGCCUCCUGUCCCGUCGCCAUCGGCGUCUCCUGCUCAGCCGACAGGCAAAUCGUCACGCGGAUUCAACCCGACGGAGUUUUCGUUGAGGAGCUGGAGGAGAACCCGGCGCGUUUUCUGCCGGAGGUCACGGAGGAAGACUUGAAGGCGCACAAAGGCGACGCGGCGGGGGGCCACGCGGUGAAAAUCGACCUGAACAAGCCGAUGAAGGAAGUCCUUGCGGAGCUCUCGCGGCACGGGACCGCGACGCGCCUCUCGCUCUCCGGCACCAUGAUCGUCGCCAGAGACAUCGCACACGCGAAGCUGCUUGAGAGACUCGAAAAGGAAGGCGACCUGCCCGACUACGUGAAGAACCACCCCAUCUACUACGCAGGCCCGGCGAAGACGCCGGAGGGCUGCGUGUCGGGCUCGUUCGGUCCGACGACGGCGGGCCGCAUGGACGUCUACGUGGAUCGCUUCAUGGAGAAGGGCGGCUCCAUGAUUACGCUGGCGAAGGGCAACCGCUCGAAGGCUGUCACGCAGGCCUGCAAGAAACACGGCGGCUUCUACUUGGGCUCCAUCGGCGGACCCGCCGCGGUGCUCGGACGCGACUGCAUCAAGAAGGUCGAGGUCCUGGAGUACCCCGAGCUCGGCAUGGAGGCCGUAUGGAAGAUCGAAGUCGAGGACUUCCCUGCGUUCAUCGUCGUCGAUGACAAGGGCCACGACUUCUACAGCAAGUGGCUCGCCUGA